GGGUUUGUACAACCCUUCAAACUGUCAUGACCACGCUUCACGUGUUUACAUUUUUCUAGAGUAUUUUUUGGCUAUUUUCCUCGUGAAAAAUGUCUGUAACUGAUGUAAAUGAUGUGAAAAUCUACAAUUUUAGUGCUGGAAAAUCUCUCCCAGAUUGGCUGACGGAUCAGAAAAAGAAGAAACUCCUGAACAAAAAUGGGGAUUUACGGAGGAAAAUUGAUCUUAUUCAGGACUUUGAUAUGCCUGGAAUAUCGACGAGUAUUCAGGUGACACCGGAUCAGCAGUAUAUCAUUGCUACGGGAAUGUACAAGCCGAGGAUAAAGUGCUAUGAUUUCAGUAAUCUUUCUGUGAAAUUUGAACGAUGUUUUGAUGCUGAAGUGGUGAAUUUUGAGAUCCUCAGUGAGGAUUACAGUAAAAUUGUCUUUCUGCAGUGUGACAGACACAUUGAGUUCCAUACAGCUCCUGGGAGGCACUAUAGGUUGAGGAUACCGAAAUUUGGGAGAGAUCUUGCAUAUCAUUCGCCUUCGUGUGAUUUAUUUCUUGUGGCUGCUUCUCCGGAAGUUUAUCGGUUUAACCUGGAGAGAGGGCAGUUUUCUCAGUCCUUUGAGACUCAAUCUCUGGUGAAUAAUGUUUGUGUGGUUAAUCGGGAGCAUCAUUUGCUGUGUGUUGGAACGGAGAAGGGAAGUGUCGAGGCAUGGGAUCCACGGCAGAAAAAUCGUUGUGGCUCUGUUCAGGUUGUGACUGAAGGGAUGGAUAGUGAUAAUGGUACUACGGCUUCAAUUACAGCUCUGAAUUUUAAGAAUGGCCUUCAAUUUGGAGCUGGAACAAGUGACGGGCAGAUUUUUCUUUACGAUCUCAGGUCGAAUCGUCCCUUCACUGCCAAGGAUCACAUGAAUAAUCUCCCAAUUAAGAGAAUCAACUUCAAUCCCAGUCAGUCCAUUGUCUACUCAAUGGACAGUGGGAUUCUGAAGAUGUGGGAUGAGAAUACAGGAAAGCAAUUUGCCUUCAUUGAAUCCACGUCAGAUUUCAAUGAUUUCUGCACAAUUCCCAACACUGGAAUGCUAUUCUUUGCCCAGGAAGACAAAAGGAUGCAGACAUUUUAUGUUCCACAACUCGGGCCAGCACCAAGAUGGUGUUCCUUCCUGGACAAUCUCACUGAGGAAUUGGAUACGGAAUUAGUGCAGAAUAUUUACGAUGACUACAAAUUUGUCACAAAGCAGGAACUGGCAGAACUCAAUCUGGAAGAUCUCAAGGGUACAAAUCUCCUCAGAGCCUACAUGCAUGGGUAUUUUGUAGACAUCCGGCUGUACAGGAAGGCAAGAUCAGCUGUAGACUAUUAUUCAUUUGAUCGCUACAAAAAGGAAAAAGCCCGGCAGCAAAUUGAACUCACCAGACCGAGUCGAGUUGAGAUUAAAAUGGAUCUUCCGAAGGUCAAUAGGGAUUUGGCAGAGAAACUUAUUGAGACAGAAGCUGAAUCUCUGAUGCAAGACACAAGAUUCUCAGCCCUAUUCCAAGAUCCAGAUUUUGCAAUUGACGAAAAUGUCGAAGAAUACAAAAUGCUAAAGCCCGUUUUGUCGCAUCUCAAAAAAAUUAAGCAUCCGAAGAAGUCCCUGCCCAAAAUUACUCCGUCUGUUCUUCAAGAAGAUGACAAUGAGGCCCAUGUGAGUACAGAUGAAGAUCUCUUCUCAGAAAACGAAGAUGACCAGGAGAGUUCAGAUGAUGAUCAGAGAUGGACGAAAGACAUGAAGAAGCAGUACAGAGCGAUUCAAAAAGAAAAGCAACGGGAAGAGGAGGCUGCACAAAAGACUGCACGAGAUACAUUCAAAAUUCAAGCAGAAGAUGAUCUCAAUUUAGGAUGGGAUGCAACAAAGUCAUCAAGGAGGAAGCAUAUUCCCCUGGGAGAUCGGAUUGCAAGACAAGAAAGUGCAGAAAAUGCACUCAAAAUUGUAAAUACUUCCACAGGAAGGCAGAUGAAAUUCACAGUAGGCUCUGGAAGCAAGGGCAUGAGGAUGCGUGCAGAUCAGAUAAGGAAGCAUCGAGAGGAGAGGAGACAAUUGGUCCGGAAGCCACGUGGGUUGAAAUUGAAGCGUUUGCCUUUUAAAUAAAGAAAAAAAUUGAGUGGAUGAAUCCAUUGAAAAAAAUCAAAA